AAAUUUGACAGUCACUAGACAGUUGCAAUGAUAUUGGUUUAUGCUUUGUUUUAUGAAACACAGCUCAACGACGUGUCAAAUCUAGAUGACAUUUGUCAAAAUAGUGCAUUCCGUGGUUGAAAUUUAAUAAGUAUUAGUUUAAAUAAUAACUAAAAUAAUAUAUUAUUAAAAUAAUUAUGGCAGCAUCAUUACCUGUGCACACGAAUUGGCAUCCGAACAAAAAGCAUAGCGACGUUGAACGCUGGAUAUGCAUAUACCCAGCCUAUAUAAAUAGCAAAAAAACCAGACAAGAAGGUCGACGUUUAUCAAAGGAGAAUUGUGUUGAGAAUCCAACGUAUGUUGAAAUACGUGAUGUGCUAUCUGUAACUAAUUUACGUGUUGGUGUUGAAAAUAAACAAUAUUCAAGAGAAAAGAGCAGGGAAGUUCAAUUUCGCGGUCGCAUACGUGUUCAAAUGCGCAACGAUGAUGGAAGUUUGUGCAACCCCGAAUUCGAAUCACGCGAAGCUAUAAUGCGUUAUGUUACUGACAAGAUACCACAAUUGAAGUCGCGUCAAAAUAAAACUGCCGAUAGUUUUCAUCAACCACAGGCACAGCAGACUGGAGGCGGUGGUGGUGGUGGUGGCAAGAAAGGCAAAAAUAAGAAACGUUGAUUUUAUUGAAAAUUUUAUUUUGUUAAAUGGAUUUUGUUAUAAUUGCUUUUUAUACUUCGAUGUGCUGAAAAUGUAAAAUUUUG